GAUGUUUUGUAGCUUGUUUAUUCACCAACAACUUCAGUUACACAUUUGUAUUUUGCAUUUGCAUUGUUUCCAAUUUAUAUGAUGGGCGAGUAUAUAUUAAACUCAACGAAUAUUUCGUUUGGUUUUCCGAUAUCGGUAUCAGCUUAGUUAGCAAUAUCUCUAUGAAAUAAACAUAUGUCAAAUGACUAGUUAUAGAUUAUUAAUGUUAUAGAUAUUAAUGUUGUUCGUAUAGAUAGUUGGUAUUUUAGUUUCACAUAUAGUUAUAUUUAAGUUAGUAUAGUUGUAUAUUCUACUUGGUCACCAUUGGUCAUUAUAAAUAGUAUAUAUAUGUAUGUUUGUGUUUUGGUUUCUCCCGGUUCUCACCCCAUAAACAUGGCAUGGCAUGACAUGAGUACACACAUAGUUUCAAGGUUUGUGUAAAAAUGUGAUAAUCGUUAUAUAUAUGUAUAUAUAUAUAUAUAUAUGCUAAUAAUGCCAGGUUAUCCAUACUAAAUACUCUGCUUUAUUUUGACUAAUAUGCUCGCGCUAAACUAUACUUUAUUUUGCGGUCAUUCGAAUACGAACUUUUGAGAGAGAGUAUGUGUGUGUGCGGUUAUCUUAGUUAGCAAAUACAUACAGUAAACGUUAAGUAUAUCAAUUUAAUAAUAAUAGUAUUAAUUUCGAAUAUUAAAAUACUGUGCACAAAACGCUUUGGUUAGUUGCUUUAGCAUUGUUGUUUGUUUGACCCCAUACCAGCUUUAUUUUUGGAUUGUUUAUCUCAUAACACUUAUGCAACAUUUGAACAUAGUUAGGCAACAAUAACGACUUGAUUACGAAUAAUAUUGUGAGUAUGCUGAACUAUUCAGUUAGAAGCUAUAUUGUCUAAUUCACACGUUUAUAUUGAAUGCUGGGCCCCCGAAUGUGGGGGGCUUGAAGCAUAAACUUUCACAACAACUUUAUGAAAACCGAACAAAACCUUUUGCUAAAUAUCAUAUGUACUUUGCAGUUGCAUACCCUGUACAAUGUCUUUGUACUACAACAUAUGUAUGUAUGUUAAAGUGGCUAUAAUAUGCAAUUUUUGAAGAGUCCCUUAGUUGUAAAACGCGUGUUGCAUGAUUGAAUUCGGCAAUUCUUCAAAGCGUGAAAAGUGAAAGGUCAUAACGAACACAACGUAGAAUCUCGUGUACUAUGAAUGGAUCUAGAGUAUUAUUGAUUGAGUUAAAGUUCAAGUUUCACAACAAUUGGAACAACGAUGAUAAUCAGCAAGUAUUUCAGCUAUUCGUAUAUACAGUUUGUCAAUAUAACCUCAUUGUAUACCUGCGAUUAACUACAUUUUGUUGGCCUUCCUUUUGCCUUUUCCGGCCAUUACAGAGAUAUUUUCCUUUACAAUACGAUUAAUUUGGGUUAUACGCGUCCAAAAUAAUGCUUUUGAUGACCCAUCAAAUAGGGACUUAUGCAUUGAAGAGGAUUUUACAUGAUCUUUUCGAUCAAAACGCUAAAAGACACUUGCAGCCAUUCAAGUGUCUUGCGACAAUAUCCCAGUGAUCCAAGUUGAUCUGAUUGAGUGCGGGAACGAAGUCGUUAAUACUUAUGAGGAAAAGUCUUAAAUUUUGGGUGGGAAGAGUUGAAAAUUUGAGCAGUACUUUGUAUAUAGUUUAAAAUAUUUAUCAAACACUCAAUUUAGCGACUUCAUUCUCUACUAUAUAAUUGAACGCAUAAUAUGUAACUAAAUAUAUUUUCAAAAUUGUGUUCGCGUAUAUAGCCUUCUACAAGUAACAUAUUUGUUUCCUGUGGAAAUGUAUUUAUUUUCCGCAUACCUUUCGGCACCAAAAGCUUAAAUUUAAUUCCCUUAUUUUGUCAGAUAACUUGUGUGUGUGCUAUGUGGGCAACAAUUUUACAAGAUUUUUUCGAUUAUUUAGUUUCUCUAUUUUAACUUUAACAACUUGAAUAUGAAAUUGAUUUGCUUAAGGAAGGUGGGUCUCCCCUUUUGGUGUUAUACCCAUUAUUGCCCUCCAAUUGCUACGCCGUAUUGCCAGAAGGUUUUAAUGGGUUUCGAGGAGCGAGUCAAGUGUGAACAGAACCGAGAACCAAAGUUACCUGGGUUUUCGGUUCUAAAUCUAUAAAAAAAAAUUUUGUCAAGAAAAAAAAAUUCAUUUCUAUGAUUGCCACGCUGUCUUCGAACUCGCAAUCUCUUUGGCCCAACGUCCUCGAAAAGUCCAAAUUUCCUGCCCCAAAUGAAUCGUAUUUUGUAUCCUUCACGUCGCAUUCCGAGUGAUGUCUUCCACGGAGACCCCUUCAAAAUUCAGUCGUACAACUUUCGCUAUGCCGACAAGCCGUUUUAUCCCAUUCAGAACUAUCAGAGGCCACCGCCCCCGGCUCCGCCGCCACUUGUGACGAAGCCCUCCUUCCAGACCUUCUACCACAAUCCCCGGUUCAGUCAGGAUCCCGAGUACAUUCCUGCCAAGAGGAGUCUACCCACUUGCUCUGUCAGUGAGCACCGGAAGCGUCGUUUGCAGCAGGAUUCCAAGGCUCCCCAGACGAGACGUCCACCCAACCCAUCCACUGUCACGGAUUCCCCGCUCCUGAGAAGCUGCUGUCAAAGCGGAGCGUACCAGACGAUGAGACGGGACCAGAGCAGCACGACACUAAGAAGCAAUAGGAGUAACCACCUGCGAGCCACUGGUGGUGGCAUCCGCAAGGCCUCGGCCACCACCUUCUGCCGUGGCUCCAACACCCGGCUGGAGAGCAAGCGAAGUGCCUGCAGUGGCUGUGAGAUCAACAUCAGCAUCUGCAGCAUGGACCCUCAAUCCGAGGUGGAGAACAACAAUGUGAGCAUCAAGAUCGAGGCGGAUGCCUAUCUGCUCAACAACACGGAUCGGGUCAAGCCGAACACGGAGCAGAGUAGCAGCUCCAGGUGCACUGGUGCCUUUGGCAUCGACAUCGACAAGCGCUUGUCCAAGUUCAAUGUGAGCGAGACGAAACCGCGUACGAGUCCGGAAUGGGAGCUCCGGCAGAAGGAGAAGGUCCGGGAGGAGGAGCGUCGCCGGCAGCUUCGGGAGGACCUCCGACUUGAGCAGGAAAGGGAGCGCCAAGAGGAGCGCGAACGUGCCCGUCAGCGGGAACGGGAUCGGGAGCAUCUACGCCAGCUGGAGCGGCAGCGGGAUCGGCAGCGUCUAUUGGAAUUGGAGGAGGAGCGCGAGCGGCAUCGAUUGAGGGAGCUGGAACGGGAAUCGCAGCGGUGCAGGGAGUUCCACCGCCUGUGUGUCCUCCAGCAGCAGUUGCAUCGGGCGGAAGCCAAGCCAAUGAAGCCAAGACCAUCUGUUCCAAUGACAUCGCACUUGUGCGCUGUCACCUCCGAUGACCGAUUGCCCGGAAUGGCCUACUGCGAUCUACCUUCCCGUCGGAGUGAGCGUUCCGAGGUCUCAAGGAGAAGGCAACCUGUGCCGAAAGAAAGGCCGACUACUCCGUUUGGUCAGAGAAAAGAAACCGUAGCAUUCGCUACCCGCUCACUUACUCCUCCGCGUUCGUCUACACCACCACCCAUGGCCAGCUCCCGUUCAUCAUCUCCCACUGGUAGUACCAAUUGCUCCUCCUCCAGUCGAAGCUCUAGCCCCAUUCGCAAUACCACCAUCCCAAGAAACCUGGAUCGCAGCACUUCGGGCACUUCCAAUGGCAAUGUCCAUGUCACAGUCACCAGCAACGGAGUGCAGAGCAGCUGCAGCAUGAGGCGAUCCUCGAAUGCUCGGGUGAGUGAGCCCAAGCAGCUGAAUGGAGGCCAGCCCCUCGUUACCUCUCUGAACAGCAUGCCCAUAAGGAUAACCACCUCGCGGACGACGGAUAGGGAUCUAGCGUUCAGCAUGAAUCAUGUGCGGAUGAGGGGAUCUUCGCCAGCGACAAGAGAAGGGAGCAGAAGUGUGGAAAGUCGGGAUGCCUGCCAGGUGAAGAUCGACGUGUUUGCGGACAAUCUGCGGAGGAUGCGUUUAUGAGAAGGGAA